AUGUCUGCCGAUGACCCGUUCUCCUUUCUGCCCGCGGAGCAGGCCAAACCCGCGAAAAAAACCCAUUGGAAAACCAAACUGUUCUCCAAAGAUAAGACUAAAGCUGCGUCACAGCAACAUCAAGAAAUCGCAGACUUCCUGAGCUCUCGUGCCCCAGAAUCCGCCCCAGCUCCCCCGCCUAUCGACCCGAGGUAUAUUCCUCCGCAAAACGGUGCCCAUCGCUUUCCUUCCUCACAAGACGUCUCCGGAUACCCUCCCUCCAAGCCAGUGCCAGCGCCAGCGCCAGCGCCAACAGCAGCGCCUGCCUUGCCUCGUGAGAACUAUGCCCCUUACAAUAUCUCCGACCAAUCCUCUACCGUGCCCCCAACUCCGCCCUCCGUUAAGCCCGGCGGUCGCAAAGGUAAAGGGCUGCGGGUGGGUUUCAGCCCGCAAACCCCAGAAAUAAUUGGUGAAGGAGGUGACGAGACGGAAUCGCCAACAAUUGAGAUUUCGCGGGCUCGUGAGAGGUCGGACAGCAGGGGAACCCAGUCUGGCAAUAUCCCCCUCUCGGACCCUUCGCGAUCGCAUCUGCCAAACCUCCGGCUUGACACAUCACUGGGCGAUGACGAUGCGCGAUCCCAACAGGCCGCUUAUUCGCCUCAGCAUAAUAGAUCGGACUGGAAACCCCCGCUGAUGCAAAAUCCACAGGAUGCAGACUUCCUGAGGACAUUGCCUUUGAGCGAAAGCGGCUCUCGAUUGUCGUUCCGUGGCGAUAGCGAGGCGAGUUCGUUCGCACAACGCGUCCGCGACAAAAUGCAAGCGGAGGAAGGUCGCGCAUUGCAUCAUCGCUAUGAGGAAGAGACAUUGUCUCCCGGAGCUGAAGACGAUGAUGUCUCACCUCCCCCCAGCCCUCCCAGUCCUCCCAGUCCUGCCAGCCCGGAAGCGCCGAUAAAAGCUUACAAUCCUGAAUUGACCAACGAAACAGCCCCAACGGCGGGACUUCCGCAUGCACCAUCAAUUUCUCUGUCCAUGAGUCCCAUCGACCCACGAAUGCCUACGAAUCUCAUUCCAGGUAGCCCCGGCAAGGUUUCACCAACACAGCCCAAACCGCCACCCCAGGACCUACCUACAUCAACCCAGACGUCACCUCCUAGUCGCGAAGGCCAAGAGCCGCCGCGCAGCACCCAACCUCCCAAGUUCUCUCUUCGAAGUAUUGCCAACCAAGUUGGCGAUACCGCAUUUUCUGAAUUCAAGGAGUAUAAUGCACAAUAUGAGGACUCUAUUAAACUCGCGGCAUCGGACGUUAAGCCAUUGGUAGAAACAUCGCUAGCAGAAUGGAUUCGGGCUGCGGUUUGGUGGUUUUUGCGAGGAAAGACACGAUUGGAAGCAUAUGCCCGUUCUCGUUCGAAAUUGCCACCUACUUACGCCAAACAGGCUGUGGUGGAUCUUGGAAAGGCAUUAUGGAUUAAUGAAAAUAUUGUGCCUAGCCACCAUGAACUCUCUCGAUACGGCGCCAAAAGCGUUGAUGCCGUACUGGCUGUUGCGAGUACCACCGGGGACAAGGAGUUGGCUGAUCUUCUGAGUAUACAUCACACUCUCAUCAAUCACCUCCGGUCGCUAUCCAUGUCCAUCAAACGAAAUAAUAUCCUCGCCUCGGUUAUCUCAGACGAAAGCUCUCCCAGUCAACUGGAUACGAGUAUCUGGCUGCGUUACCCUUUCUAUGCGCCUGAUGUCUCAGCAGUCCUAUCUGGUGCGGCAACGAGAUCAAUGCUGGUAGAUAACGCGGGCAAAAUACCAAGUUUGGUCCAUAUGAUGCCUUUGGCUGACACAAGUCGAUACUUCAGCUAUGGUAGCAUGUUCGUACAGGUCUGCGUCAGCUCUAGUGAUGAUGACGGGCAACAGCAAUAUGCCAUGCCCUGCGCCUUGACCAUCGUCCGCGAACGAGCGGAUUGGUAUGUUUUUGCGGCAAUCACUAGCCAAAGUCAACUUGUCAACAUUUUGAUUCAGUCCGACCGCAAGCAGGGACCGACUUGGGAGGAUGUGGACUGGCAAGUCCGCUCCCAUUCUAUGCGAGUCAAGCUUCCUCGAGGAUUCGAGUUGGACGUUAUGUUCAAGGAAGAGGAUUUCAAGACACUUUGGAAUAUCGUCAAAUACACCCAGAAAGCGGAGAACAGUCUCCAUCCGGAGGCGGGCGAGACUGUGGUAUUUGAGGAUACUCUCAAAGUUUUCCAAUACAUGGAUCCGGGCACACCAAAGGCAUUCCCUUCAGACCCCACAGAACGAAGCCGACUCCGUUUAUUCGAGCGAUCUGUCACCGUGACAGAAGGCACUGGUACUCGCAAUGCGCAUCGGGGAUUCCGACUGGCUGUCCUGACUAGCCCGAAGGUCAAGACUUUGAGCAGCAUUCGCCAUACUUUGGGCAACGGGUCACCGAUCGUAUUUGGUCUCUUGCGAGGAGAGGACGGUGCUCCCGCCCUUCUUCUCAAAGUGACCGAGGACGGCCGUACGAGAUCCAUGUUGAUGACUUUCCACGAGCCUGCCGAGCGCACGAAAAUGCACUCUAUCCUGCUCGGCAUGAUUCCACGGGAUGGAGAGAUCAAGUCGCCCGAAUUCGCCAUCCAGUCUUAUUGCAUUGAGCAGCCCGAAGAUCCAUUUACUGGCCAGCCCGCCGUCAAAUAUCUCCAGUUCCCCGCUGGAAGUGUUUCCGUUAUUGACCAGGAGCAUGCAUACGUCGAACAUGGUUAUGGACCGACUAUUCUAUCGGAACAUUUGAGGGCCUUUGUCGCCACUGAAUGGGGCUCUGUCACAGAUCGCAUCAACUUAGGGCCUGGUGAAUUGAAAAUUGGAUUGGAUGUCCAGAACAAGUUGAGCAUGAGCUUGUUCCGCUCCGCGCAACAGGAUUUGACCCUUUCGCUCGCGGACAACCUCAUUCGCCCUGAACUGAUAGGACAAUUAACCGGCUUCCUUGAGAAGCUUACGGCGAAGCCUAUGGUCCGCCGACUGGAGUUCCCUACUAUUCAGGAUCUUCAUGCCUUCGAGGCAGCUGUUACUGGAUUCCAGGUGCUUUACGAUGGUAUGGCUACAUCAUUCACCAUCUCCCGCCGACGGAGUAUGGUGCCUAUUUACAAGAAAUGGGAAGCUGCCCUGGCACGCGUCCAGAUCGUCCGACAAGAAAAGGUCGUUCAAUUGCUUGCUUUCUUCGGGGACUUCCAGCAUGGCACAUGUAUGAACUUUGUUCUGAAGGGCACUGAUAUUAUGGAGUCCUUUGGCCGGUCCGGCAAAUUCGGCAUUCGUAUGGUCGAUGCCAAAUUCGCACUGCCUAAGAAGGAUGAUAAUCCAGCUUCCAACUUCGUAUGCCUUGACAUGCCCGAGUAUCCCAUCGAACACGACGAUCUCACCGUUACCUUCGAUACAGAGGCUUCACGCGCAAGCUUCAAGGCAGCUCUUCCUGGAUCAGUGCGAGAACCAUCUCGCAUGGGCUCCAUCCGUCGAUAA